AUGAUGCCAAUCUACAGUUUAAAAACAAAAUCCCAUUACAAUGGAUCACAAACUAAUGGUGAUAGUUAUUUUAAUGAUGAAAAUGUCGAUACGACGAAAAUUAAAAAAGACCCAGUCAUCAAAGGAUAUUGUCGUGAUGGUGGUUGUAAAACAAAUGAAGAUUAUAUUAAUGCUUUGAUCGCAUAUAUAAUUAUGAAAUUCAAAGAUACAAUAAGAAUAAAUUCUCGGUAUAAUGAUUAUGAUGAAUAUUUAUUGAUGUGGAUAAGUGAUAAAUUAUUUAAGAUGUACCACGAAAGCCAAGGCACAAAUAAAAAAAUAGGCUUUGUCUAUUCUAUUACUUUAAAUCAGGCUUAUGAAGACUAUUUAGAUAAACAUAAACAAAGAUUGAAUUAUUGGGUUCUUUUAAAUAUGCAGCAGGGUUUGAAAGAAGCGAAUCUUAAGUAUAUGAGCGAAUUUUAUAAAUUACUUAAUAUUAUAUGUAAAAUAAUUACAGAUUAUAAUAGCCGUACCAGAAAUAAGAAAAUUACUAAAUAUUCUACCGAUUGCCGUCGUCAAUAUAGAACCCUUUAUAAUAACAUUCCUAAAUGCAAAUCAUAUUUUGAUUUAUUGAAUAAAUUAAAAGGUAUAUAUGAUGAUUUUAGUUCUGAUAUUAAGAAAAAUGAUUUAAAAACUAAUCUUAAAAAACUUACACUAGAAAAUGGAACAGAGAUGAACGCAGUGAAAGGUUUUAAAAGAUAUAACUUCAGUGAUUCAAAAUGUAAAACCCCCAAAAAAAAACGUACAUCCUCCAAACCUUCAAAACCUAAUUCAGGACCAGCAUCGACUAUAAAGAUUCAAAGAGGAUCACCAGGAUCUCAAGGUGUAUCAAAUGCUACAGGAAAUCAAUUAUCAAAUCAAGAGAAUACAUCAAAAGGUCCAGAUAAUGGAUCGAUUGGUGGAUCAGAUGGUAACCAAGUAAGCCAAGAAGGAUCGGAAGGCUCGAAAAGUGGACAAGACGCCAAAGAUAGUGAACCAGGAGGCUCAGGCAGUGAGAAAACAGAUACAGACAAUGAUCCAUCAAAUAAAGGUGGCCCACAAGGUGAUCAAGGAGAUUCAGUUGAUGGACCAGGUAGUGGGCAAGGUGAUAAAGGGGGACAAGUAGGUGGAUCAAAUAGUGAUCAAGUAAAUCAAGGAGGUUUAGGAAGUUCAGGAGAUGGAUCAGGCAGUGAUCCAGUAGAAAAAGGAUCUCAAAGUAUGUCAGGGGAUCCUGUUGAUACUGGGCAAUCCUUUUUUAGGAUCACAUUAAAAGGCAUAGACAAAUUAAAUACUGGUAUCAAGUUUUUUGAAAAACAUAAGAAAAAAAUUGUAGAGGCCAAAGAAACUAUUAAUAAUUUAUAUAAUACAUCUAUGUCUAAUAUAAAAAUUGCUUACGAUAACUCUAUGAAAAUUUUAAAUAGCAUUAUUGAUAAUAUAAGUAAUCAACCUGAAAAAGUAAACAUGCCAUCUACAUUAGAUGGUAAUAAAUUAGGAUCAGGUGGCACAGGGGGCGGGCCACCCACACCUAAUGGCUCAUCACCGUCUCAAAAAGAUUCACCUCAAACUCCAUCAGGAACAUCACCCACUACAUUACCGUUGCCAGAUCCUAAGGAACAAACUAGCCCACUUCAAUCGCCUCAGGACUCAUCUGGAAAACAAAAUUAUGAUCAAAAUGAUCAAGGAGGAUCUCAAAAAAUAGUGACAAAUCCAGUGGUUAAAUCAGAAAAUCCAGGAACCGAAACAAAAGGAAAUGGAAUAACAAAAAUAGGUGAUAUAUAUGUAUUAAAAGAAUACAAACAAAUUGGAAUAUCAAUUAUAGUUCUUUUAAUACCUAUUACUUUAACUAUUCUGCACAAGUAUUUGUCAUCUGGGUGGAGAAAGGAAUUGAAGAAAAAAACAAACAUGAAAAAGGUUAUAAAUUCAAUUGGAGAAAAAAAACAAAUACAAAUAAUUAUAAAAUCAUCUAAUCAAAAAAAGAAUACUAAAAAAUCUAUAAAUUCCGUUUAUGGGGAAAAAUCUCCAUCAUUAAAUAUAUACAAGAUUAUGCAGGCUGAUCCUGUACCAUUUAUUAAUUUAUUUUUUUUGCUGAUUUUUUUUGUUUAUAAAAGAAAGCGCGAUUUCAUAGAAUUAUAA